UCUAUGGGUCCCAGAAAAGGAGGCCAGUAUAGGUCCUGAAAUAGAGCACACAAACAUGUGUGUAGGCAGUGGAAGACACACAGGCGGGCGGGUUGGUUCAGCAGGCAACGUGAUACGACGCCAGUGUGAGAAAUGCUUGUGUGGAAAAGGUGGAGAGAAAGGAAAAGAGUGACGAGGGAGAGACUGUGUGUGAAAGGGGAGAAAAGAAGGGCUGGGGGAGGCCCGGAGGAGGCGUGUUCAGAUCGAGAGGGAAAAAGCUGCUGGUUCACAUGCACACAAACACACUCACACACUCCGGCGUUUCUCUUUGUGUCAACUCUUUUGUGGAGUCUAAGCGCUUUAAAUUCCUGUGAACCUUCUGUGACGACUUCAGUUAUUUCUUAUCCCAAAGUUUGCAGGUUUAUUGUUUGGACAUGGGCGGAGGAAAAGAGCUUCUGCUUUUUCUUGGUUUCAUGUGCACAUUGAAAAAGUGCAUGCCUCAGUGUGACAGUGGCAUGACCAAGGAAGACAACCGAUGUGUUGAUGUGGAUGAGUGUAAGGAAAUUUCAGGAUUCUGUGGUAAGCACGCACAGUGCUUCAACACAAACGGCAGCUACUAUUGCCAGUGCGAGCCUGGUUUCCACAACAUUAACAGAAACACAACCUUCACCAGGACUAAUGGACAGUGUGAAGACAAAAAUGAGUGUAACUCCAAUAUCUGUGGUCCCAUGGCUCACUGCGAGAACUUGAUUGGGAGCUUUCGCUGUGUCUGCCAAUAUGGGUACACCAACAACAGCAAUGGAGACUGCAUAGACAUCAAUGAAUGCGACAUAUCUGAGAAUCGAAAAGAAGACCUCUGUGGGAGUAAAGGAAGAUGUACAAAUCUAAAUGGAAGUUACUGGUGCGAGUGUCCAAAAGGAUACACUAAUUAUGGAAAUGAAAGGACUUCAUGCUCAAAAUUGGAUUGCAACACCUUUGAUUCCGAAAGUGUAGCUGUGCAGCAUUACAGUGGCUUGGCAGAUCUGCUAUCCAUCAUGAGAAACAGCUGCAUGGUUCUCUCGAACCCAAAUAUGAGCAACGGAAACAAGGCCGAUGGAGAUGCGCUACUGGAGAGACUUCUGACCGCAUCAGAGACAGUCUUAUCAUCAGUCGAUAUGGACUCGAGUGAAGGCAUGUAUGGGCUGCUAAAUACAAUGGAAAACUCCAUCAGGCUCAUUGGCCCACAACUCAGAGAUGACCAUAUCUCGAUGGGCUCCAAUGAGACAGCUGUGGCAAUCGCUGUAGAGAGGGGAACAUCCCCGCCCACUGGACCGAUUCAUCUGGGGACUGAAAACUCUGCGCUUGACACCGACUGGACAACGGCGGCUGGAACAGGAGCAUAUCCUGGCUUUGCUAUGGCUGCCUUGUUGAGCUACCAUAACCUGGAAAGAUCUGUUAACCACUCCUUUGACAAGCUCCAAGGAUUUGAAAAAGAUGGCAUUGAACCGACUUUCGAAAUCUUCUCCCGGGUUGUGUCUGUUGUGGUGUCGAACCCAUCCACCCAGAACCUGAGCCACCCAGUCAUCCUCACACUCAAACAUCUCCAGAACAAAUCGGAGGCAAGCUACAUCUGUGCUUACUGGAACGACAGAGGUGCCUGGGCCACAGAUGGUUGCUAUCAACAGAAAUCCAAUGCCACGCACACAAUGUGCCGAUGUGAACAUCUCAGCAGUUUCGCCGUGCUGAUGGCGCACUAUCCCGUCGAUCAAUCCUUUGCCAUCCAGUUGAUAACAAAGAUUGGACUGAUCCUCUCCCUGCUGUGUCUGAGUUUUUGCAUCCUGACAUUCAAGUUCUGCCGCUCCAUACACGGGACACGUACAACCAUCCACUUGCAUCUUUGUAUCUGCCUCUUCAUCGCUGAUCUCAUCUUCCUGGUCGGCAUUUCUCAAACCAAACCCGAGGGAGGCUGCAGGUUUAUUGCUGCCAUGCUCCAUCUUUUCUUCCUGGGAGUGUUUGCAUGGAUGUUGCUUGAGGGGGUGCAGCUGUAUCGCAUGGUGGUCCUGGUUUUCAAUGCCGCUCUUCGGCCCCUCUACUUAUUCCUCUUCGGCUACGGGGCACCCUUGGUUGUUGUCAUUGUAACUGCCAUCAUUAGACCCAAAGGAUAUGGAACUGAGGAGCACUGUUGGCUGUCCCUCAAAGACGGCCUCAUCUGGAGCUUCUACGGCCCUGUGUGCGUCAUCAUCUUCCUCAAUGUUUUCUUCUUCAUCAUCACCGUCUGGAAGCUGGCCCAGAAGUUCAGCAGCCUUAACCCGGAUCUGUCCAAGCUCAACAAAUUAAAAGCUUUCACAGUGACCGCCAUUGCUCAGAUGUGCAUUCUGGGACUUCUGUGGGUGUUUGGAGCCUUCCUGUUUCGCAAGGGCAACACAGCGGUCGAGUACAUAUUCACCAUUUUAAACAGCCUACAGGGAGCACUUGUCUUCAUCAUGCACUGCCUCCUAUCUAAACAGGUUAGAGAGGAGUACUACAACUUUUUCUCCUGCAUCUGCACUCCAAAGAAAAGAUACUCUGACUUCAGCAGUACAAAUCCAUCCAAUAGCCAGUCACAAGGUUCUCGGAGUGGACAGAACACUGGAGAAUCCCACAUUUGAAUCAUUGUCUGUAGUCAACCCAACAAAAGAAAUGAAGCUAUUAUUAGAAUUUAAAUCCACAUCCGCUUUCAUGUACUGUGUUUUACUGUAUGGGUUUCGUUUUAUGGGAGAGAAAACAAAUGACUAAUAUUGAACGUAACUCAUGAACUGUCCCAAGUCAGGUUCAUCCAAACCUCAUGUGGGCCUUCAGUGUGAUGAAAUACAGAACCAAGCAAGAGUAUAAAGAUACAAUUGUCAAACAAAAUAGCUAUUUGAAUCACUCUAUUUAGGUUUGCAUUUGACUUUAUGACACUGGUUGAUUGGACAUUUUCCCAAAAGGAUUUCUUGAGAGAUACCGAACUCUGACCCACCCGUUUGAUGACUGUGCAGCUUCCUGUUAUUGAAAUUGUUUGUGGGAUUAAAUUCCACGUUGUCAUGUCAUUAUUGCUGCUCACUGCUUUGCUUCAUGGUUACUGUAAGGAUUCAAGUUAGGGAGCAGGGCAAACCUUAAACAAUUUCAGCACACUUUGUCUUCAUUGAAAAUGCUUUAUGACUUGAAAAGUAUCCCGUCUUUUCGAACAUUUUACUUGAUGUGGAGUUAUCGUAAUUUAUCCUAUUAUGGCUGUUAAAACAAGAGUCGGACAAGCUUCCUCCUGUAAACGCUGUUGGCCUGUAUUUUUGUUUACAUUCACAUUUUGUCGUGAACACCUCUCUUAGUGUAUUUGACAACUGCUCUGUAGUUUGAUGUUUGGCUACUUUUUUUCUGACCAUUUUUUAUUCAUGUAUAGCUUUGUGUUUUCUUGCACCUGUUGAAUGUAAGAUUAUGGCGAUUAACUAUGAUGUAUAUAAACUUAUUUUUCUA